GAAUCGAACUGAAGAUCUAAUUCUCAGUGCGAGAAUGGCUUUUCAGUGUCGCACAUCACGCGGCUGACUUGUUUUUUUUCCGCGAUCCACAUUCAAUCAUUAAACGGGUGGUGGCGGGUAGAUUCGGAUGCAUUCUAUAUACAUUUAAUUUAAUUUGUUACUUGAAGGCGUUGUUGCCACAAGGGCGCAAGUCUAAGCAGAUCAACCGCUUAAUGCCUGAUAAGUACAUUUGUGCGCGCUUAAAGCCCAGUAAAAUAGCUAAAAGUCGUGUCAACACGAAACGCAAACAUAUUCCACGCACUGAGCCAACAUACAUACGUAGUACAUACAUAAAUUCGCACUGGUCAUUUGUACUUGGGCCGGUACCUCUUCUUGUAAUUGUAAUAGUAACCACAACCGCAGCCGUAGCCGGGUCUUGUGUAUUUACGACACAAUGAUCGUGGACGUGCAUCAUACAACUUUUAAUUGAAGUGUUAAAAUUGCCCACUUAACAUCAACUUAAGGUUAAGGUGUGCUGAACAAAAUUGUAUGUCUGUGUGACCACAACAGCUGUUCCAGCUCCAUGUGAGGCCGAAUAUCGAAAAAUCUACAAUGAAUCAAAAUAGCCUAGCCAAAGAGAAAAUUAAUCAAAUAACAAAAUAGCACUAUUAACAAAUAAAGCAGGUGAGAUCGAAAUGAAAAUCAGCGUCAAGUGGGCCCAAACUGACCCAGAACAUUCAGCCAAAAUAAUAAGGCCCAAAGUCCGUUAAGUUGUUAAUCGCCAGGAAAUGAUCUUCUUGAUCAAUUUCGUAGCGCUGCUAGGCUCCCGGAAUUUGACAAUGAAUUUCUUUGGCCAUGAUUAUUUGAGCGGAUUUCGGCGCAUCGAUCGAAUUGGUUCCUAUCCGACCCACACUUGGGUCGACAAGGACUCGUUUUAUCUCAAGGAGCCAUUCCUAUGGAACAAGCGUAAGGGCUCUAGAGUUAGUACAAUAAAUGACUGGCUGCAAAUACAAAUCGGUGGAUCGGUGGAUGUUAAAAAAAAGCCAAAAUGUCAAAAUCGCAUAAAAUCAACCAAAUACACAUUGAUCACAUUUCUGCCACAAAAUUUACUGGAACAAUUUCGGCGCAUAGCAAAUUUUUACUUCCUUGUGAUGACAAUAAUAUCCCUACUUAUCGAUAGCCCUGUGUCGCCGAUGACAUCACUUCUUCCACUCGUAUUUGUGAUCGCCGUGACUGCGGCUAAGCAGGGAUAUGAAGACGUCCUGCGCUACAGAACCGACAAUAUGGUCAACGCCUCUCCUGUGACAAUAAUUAGGGAAGGAAAGGAGGCGAUAAUCAAGUCACAGAACGUUGCACCUGGGGACCUUGUUGUUGUCGAGCGGGACUGUGAUGUGCCCUGUGACCUGGUACUUUUGCGCUCCACAGAUCCCCAUGGGAAGUGUUUCAUUACUACAGCAAACUUGGACGGCGAAUCCAAUUUAAAGACGUUGAUGAUUCCGCGGGAUCUACCAGACGUGGACCUGGAGGAAAUGCACAAGUUAGGCGUAAUUGAGUGCGAAGCUGCCACAACUGAUCUGUACAGCUUCAACGGAAAAAUCGAGCUCAAGAACGGCGAAGGACGAGUGUUACCACUGACCGCCGAGAACGUCCUGUUGCGAGGUUCCAGGGUAAAGAAUACAGAGUGUGUCAUUGGGUGUGCCGUCUACACAGGCAUGGUGACCAAGUUACAGCUGAACAGCCGCCUUACACGUAACAAAAAUUCCACCAGCGAGACGUACAUAAACCGAUUUCUGAUCGUCAUCCUUGUGGCUCUCAUCGCGAUAGUAACCUUGCUAUACUUCCUUAAGCGUUACAAUGAACUCUUUGUGAUACCAAAGCUGAACUACCUGGGGGAUGCGACAGAUAGCUAUAGUGUGAAACAAUUCCUGCAGGACUACUUAUCAUUCUUAAUCCUAUUCAACUACUUAAUUCCCAUCUCCCUCUAUGUGACCAUUGAGCUGCAACGAGUGAUCGGUAGUUUAUUUAUGGAAUGGGAUUUGGAGCUUUAUGAGAAGGAGACUGACCAGCCGUGUGUGGUUAACACAUCGAAUUUGAACGAGGAACUGGGCCAAAUUAAUAUACUCUUCUCAGAUAAAACGGGAACUCUAACUAAGAACGAGAUGAAUUUCCAGCAGUGUUCAAUAGCCGGUCGCAAAUUCCUCUUCAAAAAGUCUCGCCUGGAAGACGAUGAGACCAGCGCCUUAUUGGACAUCAACAAAUUCAAUGCCGACCAGCGAGUCUUCUUUCAGGCUCUUUCAAUUUGCCACACCAUUCAGGUGGCCUCCGACUUGUCGGAAGGAAGUGAGCCUAGCAGCACCAAAAAGGAACCGAAAAGUCCGGGAGCGGUUGCAAAAAUCAGAUCGGGACCCUCCGAUAUGUUCCCGAUAUCUGACAUUACUGAGGAGAGUCACAAUUCUAGUCAGCAGAGCGAACUCAAUGUGUCCCACGCCAUAGAGAAUUCGGUUUCGGCACACCCCAAUGGCAGCAACUCGACUUCCACGGCCUCUGACGUCAAUCCACUGUUAGUCACUGACGAUGGCUACAGUGUGGAGCGACGUAAGAGACCGGUGGUAAUCAAACGUAGCCCCAAUUUCGCACGCGCCGCUAACCGAGGACACAAUGCCCCCACUGGGGACUCGCAGUCCAUUCAGAACGAUCUGGGCUCGGUCGUUCAUUCUGCCCCACAAGGCUCUUCCAACAACCGACCCAUUUCUCUGCAGUUCCAGCGCUCUACGUCAGAAAAAGACUUGCCCCAGUACGCGGAGGCACAUUCACUAUCGUUGGGCCACCGACGAGCCCACUCCUAUGGGGCACCUAAUGCUUACCUUACCAGUCCGAUAGCUGCAGAUGCCCCAGCCCCCAACGUCAUGUUCCGAUCCCCAAGUACCACCUCCCGGGAGUCCUAUGCCGCACCUAUGUUUACUCGCCAACCCACCAUCCUGGUUCGUGCUGAAUCACAACGAAGGAAGAAGGAGAUCCACGACUUUAUAUUUACUUUGGACUAUCAGGCCUCCAGUCCAGACGAGAAAGCCUUGGUAGAAGCUUGUGCCAAUUUGGGCAUGGUCUACCUGGGAGACGACGAUGAAAUUCUCCGGAUUCGAAUCGUGCCUCCACACGUAGACUACAAGCGAUCAUUUACGAGUUUCCAUCCAAAGGAGGAAACGUUUCAGCGAUUGCACGUCCUGGAAUUUACGUCUGAUCGCAAGCGCAUGAGUGUCAUUGUGAUGGACGGUGAAGACAGAAAAUGGAUAUACACCAAGGGAGCUGAAAGCUACGUCUUUCCGUUGUGUGCCAACAGCUCAGCGGCUAGGAUCGCUCAGACAGAUGCCCACAUUAGUGAUUUUGCCCGCCUAGGUCUUCGCACCUUAGCUAUAGCGCGACGAUUGAUCACUGAAAAGCAGUACCAAGACUUUCUAGUCGAACUGUCACAAGCCAACAGCUCCCUCGAGAAUCGAAAGCAGCUGAGCGAGGAAUGUUAUGCGAGAAUCGAAUGCAAUCUGGACCUUCUGGGUGCGACGGCCGUGGAAGAUGCCUUGCAGGACGACGUGGCCGAUACUCUAGUUUCACUGCAGGCGGCUGGAAUCAAGAUCUGGGUCCUGACAGGCGAUAAAGUGGAAACGGCUUUGAACAUUGCUCUGUCCUGCGGACACAUACCGCCCGAUGCAAAGAAAUACUUCAUAAUCGACUGUAAAAACCGAGAAGAAAUGUUACUGCAUUUAAACGCCCUGGAUCGAGAAGUAAUCUUUGGUAUGGGCCAAGACUGUGCCCUUUUAAUUGAUGGAAAGAGUCUAAGCGUUGCGUUGACGGAAGCCAGCUCCGAAUUUCGGGACGUGGCCGUUAAGUGCACUGCCGUGUUGUGCUGUCGAUUGAGUCCUUUACAGAAAAGUGAGGUCGUAUCCCUGAUCAAGUCUUCCAACGAAAACUACAACACGGCUUCCAUCGGCGACGGUGCCAACGAUGUGUCCAUGAUUCAAGAGGCCCAUGUGGGCAUCGGAAUCAUGGGACGCGAGGGCAGGCAGGCGGCACGCUGCGCGGACUUUGCCUUUGCUAAGUUCUGCAUGCUGAAACGGCUGUUACUAGUCCACGGCCACUAUCACAGUGUGCGACUGUCCCUGCUGGUGCUUUAUUUCUUCUACAAAAACAUAGUCUUCAUGGGCAUCAUGUUCUUGUUCCAAUUUCACACGCUCUUCUCCUCAUCUUCCGUAUACGACUCUCUCUUCCUAACACUCUACAAUGUGAUAUACACGUCCCUGCCGAUCCUUUUCAUAGCUAUCUCUGAAAAACCCUACACAGAGGAUAAGCUUAUGCGAACACCAAAAUUAUAUAAAAAGAACACGGAUAACAAACAAUUGCAGUGGCCGUACUUUCUCAUGUGGGUUUUGUUUGCCGUCUAUCACUCCGUCAUCAUAUUCUACUUUGCUUUUUGCCUAUUUUCGUACAAUAACGUUAUCCUGAAUAUUGGACAGACAGCGGCAUUUUCCUGCUUCGGUACACUACUAAUGUGGACUGUGGUAAUUGUCGUAAACCUUAAGCUUUGGCUGGAGUCGAUGUACCUCUCCUACUGGUACAUUUUUACCAUCGUUAUUUCCAUUCUGGGCUUUAUAAUUACCACAAUUAUCUAUAACGUUAUAAAUUUGGACUUUGACACCGACAUUUACUGGGCCUAUAAUAAUCUAUUAGCUUCGCUACCGACCUGGUUGUGGAUCUUACUAACGUGUGUGGCGUGCCUAGUACCCGAUUACACCAUCCGAAUGCUGCAGAGGGCACUGAACAUCAAGAACUUCAGCAUUUUUCCUGGAAAUCAACGAAAACUUAAGAUGCGCGAAAAGUUUGAAUCCACCUACUUGUAAUCUAUCCUAGACUAUAUAUAGCUUUUAUACUUUUCAAUUAUUUAUUUAUACUGUGUAGAUUUUUUUCAAAAAUACAACUUUUUGUUUGUUAAACAUUUUA